AUGGGUAAUACCACCAGCAUUGCUGCUGGACGUGACUGUCUGACAUCUGCCGUUGGGGGAGUUGCUGCUCACGUCGCGUUCCAAGAUGCGCUUCUUUACCAGACUACCGCAGUUGAUCCGUAUAACUUGAAUAUUCCGGUCACCCCGGCAGCAGUCACGUACCCUCAAUCAGCAGAUGAAGUGGCUGCUGUAGUUAAAUGUGCCUCCGACUAUGACUACAAGGUGCAGGCUCGCAGUGGCGGCCAUAGUUUUGGCAACUUUGGCCUUGGAGGACAAGACGGUGCCAUCGUGGUCGAUAUGAAGCACUUCUCACAAUUCUCCAUGGACGAGUCAACAUUCGUCGCCACUAUCGGCCCCGGAACAACUCUAGGCAACCUUGACACCGAGAUUUACAAUGCCGGCAAGAGAGCAAUGGCACACGGCAUUUGUCCUUCCAUUCGGACAGGUGGACACCUGACAGUGGGCGGAUUGGGCCCGACAGCGCGCCAGUGGGGUCUGGCGCUUGACCAUGUGGAGGAAGUCGAAGUGGUUUUGGCGAACUCGAGUAUUGUGCGCGCAUCAGCUACUCAAAACCAGGAUGUUCUGUUUGCCAUCAAAGGCGCCGCUGCUAGCUUCGGGAUUGUUACAGAGUUUAAAGUGCGCACGGAGGAGGCACCCGGCCUGGGAGUUCAAUAUUCGUUCUCAUUCAAUCUGGGAACUCCUGCCGAGAAGGCGAAACUUGUCAAAGAUUGGCAGGCAUAUAUAGCCCAGGAGAACCUCACCUGGAAGUUUUACUCUAACUUGAUCAUCUUUGACGGCCAGAUCAUCCUCGAAGGUAUUUUCUUCGGCUCAAAAGAGGAGUACGACCAACUCGACCUGGAGAAGAAGUUCCCCACCAGCGAGCCUGGUACUGUGCUUGUUCUAACUGAUUGGCUGGGGAUGAUCGGGCAUGGACUGGAAGAUACCAUUCUGAGACUGAUCGGAGACUCCCCGACCUGGUUUUACGCCAAGUCACUCGGAUUCACCCCAAGUACGCUGAUUCCUAACUCCGCCAUCGACGGCUUGUUCGAUUAUAUCCACAAAACCAAUGCUGGCACUUUGGCGUGGUUUGUCACUCUCAGCCUGGAGGGUGGAGCUAUCAACGCUGUGCCCAAAGAUGCCACAGCCUAUGGCCACCGCGAUGUGCUUUUCUGGGUUCAAAUCUUCGUAGCCAACCCACUUGGUCCGAUCUCGCAGACUACGUAUGAUUUUGCAGAUGGUCUUUACGAUAUUCUAGCUCAGGCAGUGCCCGAAAGUGCGGGACACGCAUACCUCGGAUGUCCAGAUCCUAAGAUGCCCGAUGCCCAGCGUGCGUACUGGCGUAGCAACCUUCCGAGAUUGGAAGAGCUCAAGGGAGACUUAGAUCCAAAGGACAUCUUCCAUAAUCCACAGGGUGUUCAGGUUGCUUCUUAA